UUUGUAGCAAAGAAUUAAAAGUAUGAUUGGUAGAACUGUAAUAGUGUUAUUUUUAUGUUAUUAUUGGCAUAUAGUUUUAGCAUCUCAAUGUGGAAAGAUCCAUGUUAAUAAAUUGUCUGCUGAAGAAGCAAAGGAAAUAGUAGAUAAACAUAAUGAACUGAGAAGACUUAUUGCUACUGGAAAAACCCCAAAUCAACCACGUGGUGUCAAUCUUAGGAAAAUGAAAUAUGAUGACCGACUGGCACAUGAAGCUCAAAAAAUUGCAGAUUCUUGCGUUUUUGCACACAAAAAGGUCCUCGACAGUCGCUGGGAUAACGUCGGUCAAAAUUUGUUCAUGAGUCUGUCCACUGACCCUUCAAAUGGAUCCAGCUGGAAGGGUGCCAUACAGGAAUGGUUCGAUGAACAUAAGAAUUACAAAUAUAAAGAAGUCGAAAAGAAGGACGUUGGAAGAAAACCAGAUAUAUUACAUUAUACUCAAGUGAUUUGGGCGGAAAACGAAUACAUUGGAUGUGGAUAUACAUAUUUUCAAACUGAUGAAGCUUUUGGUUUUAAGAAACUCUAUGUGUGUAAUUAUGCACAGGGAAACGUGGUUGGUCAAUAUCCUUACAAAAGAGGCGAAUCCGGAUGUGAAAAUCUUUGCUAACUCACAAAAAUCUAUUUAUGAAUAUAGAUUAUUCAAUUAUGGUCCGCGUGCACAUUUUAAUUAUGUUGUCCAAUUAGUUUCUUUAAUAAUACUAGUAACUAGGCAAAUUUUUUGCAACCUUUGCUCGUCAUACAACAUAAAGUUCUUAAUUAAAUUAAGUUGUAAGUUUAUAGAUUGUAGAAUUUGGAAUCACAUCUGGUAUAACUUGUGAAUUUUUUGCUAUAAUCUGUUUUUAUAUUAUAGUAAUACAUUGUGUGAA